AUGGGUUCAGUGCAUAAAGAGUUGGAAAGCCUCCUGCCACGUAUACUCAGAGCCGAAGACAGAAGGAAGGGAGUCAGACCUCAGACCUGCGCUGAGGUCAUCAUUAACUUUUUCCAACUCCUGAUGAAAAAGAAGGAACUUAUUCCUUUGGUGCUGUUCAUGGCCACAGCGGCAGGCGGAGCUUCGUCUUUCGAUGUAUAUUCCCUUCAAAAAUCUGAUGUGAUCCUAGAUCGGAAAAGAAAUCCAGAACCUUGGGAAACCAUGGACCCUAGUGUACCUAGCAAGCUUAUAACAAUCAACCAAGAAUGGAAGCCCAUUGAAGAGUUGCGGAAGGUCCGAAGAGCCACUAAAUGACCAGCCUUUGCUUCUUUCUUUCAAAGAGUACUCUAUGAAUCUAGUGGAAACAUUGCUGCACAAACUAGAUUAUGGAUACCAGGGUGCGGAAAUGCUUCUGCUACAUUUUUAGGGCUUGACUACAUUUUCGGACUCGGGAUAGGAAUUAUGAAGGUAGUACAGCAAUGAUCACAUAGUUCAAAAAUAAUUUUGUGUUUAUUUUCUUGUUGUAAAUUUAAUUUUGCAUAUUGAAAUUUUAAUGUUUAUGAUGCCCAAAUGGUUUCCUUAAAGUGUAUA